AUGGCUGCGAUCGUAAGCGGGCGAGGCCAACAGCUCGACUGUGCCACCGAGUACAAUGGGAAAGCAACAUUUACCUCGGCUGUCGUUGGAUUCAAGAGCGGCUGGGGCUCCCCUAUUCAACGAACCGUCGGUCCAGAGAAGGAAAGGAGGAGAGAUGAAAUUCCUCCGGAGUUCCCAUGUUUCGCUGAAACGCAAACUAGUCGACGUCUUGCAAGUCAAUUUUGGAACUCGAAAAUAAACAGGGAGAUGUCUCAACCUUCCAGCUUUGUGGAUUUGCAUGUUGCCAACCAUGUCUCCAGUGAGAACGUCCCAUUCAGGAUGACCAUGGUCACCUCGGCUACAGAAUGGACGAAUGUCCAGUCUAGUGUCGAGCAUCGCUCUCAUUCUCUCGGGUCCUCUUUGGAAGAAUUGGUAUAUUCUCCCAGUGAAGACAUCCUUCAGGCCUUUGACAACUAUCGCUGGGGCAAGGAAGGUGUUCUUGACCAGCCUUCCAACGAGACUUGGUCCUACAGGCCCGGGAUCCUCGAGACCAACGGUGCCGUGCAGACCAAGAGUCCUUGGUCCGGCCAUCGACUGUGGACAUUUUCCAUGGGCUCUCCCGCCAGACACGUUUUGUCCCGAAGGCUGGGUGGUGGUGUCGCAAACCCACUCGCCCAGUUCCCUUCGAUGUCCCUUGACCAUUCGAACGAGGUUAUGAACAGUCGUCGAAAGGGGAGAAGACAGGAAUCCUCGCCCUCAACGGACGUUCCACUUAUCAUUAACGGCCCGACGCCGCGAAUCUUUCGGAUGGAGGGCAACUCCACAUGCGUCAAACCUUGUAUCGGGGAGAAGCCAAACCCGUCCCUCAUCAAUUACGUGCUGCCUUGCGUCGAGGGCUUGCAGUCAACGGAGACCGCAUACGACGAAGAAGGCGGACAGACGGGAGAGCUAGCCCCACGAUCCCACAAAGAAGAUGAGUCCUCAGAGGAUCUAGUUUUCGUGACAUACUGUCGGGGUAGUGACAUGGCGGUCAAGAUGCAACAAGGCAUUCUGCAAAUCAACAGCAACGGACCGCAACGCAGAGUUUUCCAGUACAUAAUUCUUAAGGCGAGGUGCAUAAACGUGCGUCCGAUCCCGGCGGUCAAACACGGGACGGCAAACCCAGCACCAUAUGCAGCCUAUGCCAGCGAUGCCAUUUGUCACUGUAUAACCAUGUGCCGAUUCUGGCAGGUCAUAGAGGAUAAGAGCGCCAGAGGAACAAAACCCCCCCAUGUGACAACCAACAAGACCCCACACCACUCGACAACGAAGCGGGAUUACAUAGUUGCCCGUGGUGGCAGCAACAUCCCAAGCACGGAGUCCUUCACCGAGAUCAUUUCAUUUCAGAUGCUGGUCAGGGUUGGAGCUGGCAUUCUCCGUCCUCAUCUCACUGGACGGGGUAGGGAUACUGAGACGGGCCGGCGGACUCUUCGCAGCAAGAUUUUGCGCACAUGGCUGAGGGGUAGGAAGCUUGGCGACCACCCCCUAUAUUCCGUGACCGAUUACGGACAAGGUGAUCUGAAUGUUGUAAUGAAGGAUAUUGGUAAUAAGAAAUCCCGGGGUUCACAUGCUCGCGAACCGAUCGUCAUCAUCUGCGAGGCGGAUGCCUGGAUACUACACGUGUACAUCAGCAAAGGUGACAACUUUGGAGAAGGGAAAUUUGCAGACGGACUUUGCCAGGUGAGAGAAGCUUUGCCGGGGUUCACCGAGGGAGCGAAGAAUAGCCGGCACGCAACUCCAUCAUCGUACCGCAAUUCCGCAACCCCGACACAGCCAGCGCUUGUUCUAGCCCGGAGAUCCAUGGACCGCGAAAAAUACCUCGUACAGAUAGUAUUCGAACCUGUCUUCAAACGUUGCCGUCCCGAGCUGCCGUUUACAACUUUCGCACCUAACGGGACAUCCGGGAAGUGGCGUCUAUACACGUACAACGGAGGUCAUCGCAUUGUUGACACGGAGCACUCCGUCCCAGGAAGGUCGAGAAGCUCGAAAAUGAUGGCAGACUGGGCUACUGAUACAUACCUCGUGGAGUAG